AUGGACGGCCUCCUCAUCGACUCCGAAGACAAAUACACAAUCUGCACGAACCGCGUCCUGAACGAAUACGGCCGCCCGAAUCUCCCCUGGUCAAUAAAAGCCCAACUCCAAGGCCGCCCGGGCCCCGCCGCUGGCAAAAUCCUGCAUGACUGGGCCCAGCUCCCGAUCUCCAGAGAAGAAUACAUGAACAAAGUCGCCGCGUGGCAGAGAGAACUCUUCCCGGAAUGCAAGCCUUUGCCUGGUGUGGAAGAGUUGUUGGAAACUUUACACACUCGGACGACGAAAGAUGUGGAAAUCGCGCUUGCGACGAGCAGUCAUGCGGGGAAUUUCAAGCUCAAGACGGAGCAUCAGAAGGGACUUUUCGAGGUUUUUCGGCAGGAGCAGAGGGUUUUGGGGGAUGAUGAGAGGAUUGCGCCGGGACGGGGGAAGCCGGCGCCGGAUAUUUGGUUGCUUGCGCUUUCGACUAUUAAUGAGAGGUUGAAGCGAGAAGGGAAGGAGGAGAUUCGGCCGGAGGAGUGUUUGGUGUUUGAGGAUUCGGUGCCGGGUGUGGAGUCGGGACGGAGAGCUGGGAUGCAGGUUGUGUGGUGUCCGCAUCCGGAGCUGUUGAAGGAGUAUCGGGGACGUGAGGAGAGGGUGCUUGCUGGGCAGAUGGGAGAGUAUAAAGAGCAGGAACAGAAUGGUGAAGAGAUUGGUGUCGUGAGCCAUGAUGGUAAGACGAGACAUCAUGGUGCUCCUGGCGAGAUUGGUGAUGGAUGGGGAAGAUUGCUGCAUAGCUUGGUCAACUUCCCCUAUGCUGAUUACAAGAUCAAUGUGAAGGGAAGCUCGUUGUAA